AUGUUGUCGGCGAUGUGGCUAUUGCCGUACAUGAUAUUAGGAGGCAUUGCUGAAGCACUUAUUUCGGUAGCACAGAACGAGUUCUUCUACUCUGAUCAGCUUCCAAACUCCCUGUCAAGCGUCGCCACCACACUCUCCGGCCUCGGUAUGGCCGCCGCAAGCCUAGUCUCCUCAUGGAUCGUCACCGCCACCUGCCGGAGCUGGAUCACAGAGGAUAUAGACGAGGGGCACUUGGACUAUUACUACUGGCUCAUGGCGGCCUUAUCUCUCCUCAAUGUUGUAUAUUUUGUUUGGUGUAGCAACUCUUAUGACCAAAACUCUCCUCCCUCUCCAGAUCUGCUGGUAAGCACUUGCAGAGGAAAGCACCAACGCUACAUUGGGAAAGUGAAGCACGCAGUGUUCCACACUCAGAAGACUGGGAGAAAGCGUGUCAUCGUGUCCACCGAGCAGAAUGUUGUUGCUUCACUUGAUCUCAGACACGGGGAGAUAUUUUGGCGGCAUGUUCUCGGGACAAAGGAUGCUAUCGAUGGCGUUGAUAUUGCCCUGGGAAAAUAUGUUAUCACCCUUUCAUCAGAAGGAAGUACUUUAAGAGCCUGGAACCUUCCUGAUGGCCAGAUGGUGUGGGAAACGUCGCUUCACAGUGCACAGCAGUCAAAGUCACUGUUAUCUGUGCCGAUAAAUUUGAAGGUUGACAAGGACUACCCUAUUCUUGUUUUCGGUGGUGGGUACCUUCAUGCUGUUUCUGCUGUGGAUGGUGAGCUCAUCUGGAAAAAGGAUUUCACAGCGGAAGGGUUUGAAGUUCAGCGGGUUCUUCAAACUCCUGGAAGUAGUAUAGUUUAUGUGCUGGGAUUCAUUAAAUCAUCGGAGGCUGUUGUCUAUCAGAUUGAUUCCAAAAGCGGAGAGGUGGUGGCAGAAAAAAGCGUGGUGUUCCCUGGAGGAUUCUCUGGCGAGAUUUCAUCAGUUUCAAGCGAUAAAGUCGUUGUCCUUGAUUCAACGAGGUCAAUUUUGGUUACUAUUGGCUUCCUAGAUGGAGAUAUUAGCUUCCAGCAGACCCGCAUUUCAGAUCUUGUUGAGGAUUCUGGAAAGGCUGAGAUUUUAUCACCUCUUCUUACCAAUAUACUUGCUGUAAAAGUCAAUAAACGCACUGUAUUCGUGAGGGUUGGUGGCGAAGGAAAGUUGGAGGUGGUAGACUCAUUAUCUGACGAAACAGCCAUGAGUGAUUCACUUCCGGUUGCAGACGAGCAGGAGGCCUUCGCCUCAGUUCAUCAUGAAGGGAGCAAGAUUCACCUCAUGGUGAAACUUGUUGAUGACUUGGAGACUGUAUUGCUUAGAGAGAGCAUUCAAAUGGACCAACACAGGGGGCGUGUGCAUAAAGUUUUUAUAAACAACUAUAUCAAGACAGACAGGAGUAACGGAUUUAGGGCGCUUAUCGUGAUGGAAGACCACUCACUCUUGUUACUGCAGCAAGGGGCGAUUGUUUGGAGCAGAGAAGAAGGCCUGGCUUCAGUGACCGAUGUUACAAUAGCAGAGCUCCCCGUGGAAAAGGAUGGUGUAUCAGUGGCAAAAGUGGAACACACUCUCUUAGAUUGGCUUCAGGGACACGUGCUGAAGCUCAAGGGAACCUUGUUGCUAGCGAGCCCAGAGGAUGUGGCAGCAAUUCAAGAAAUGAGGAUGAAGAGUUCUGGGAGGAGCAAACUGACACGUGACCAUAAUGGCUUCCGGAAAUUAAUCAUAGCACUUACCCGUGCUGGUAAACUUUUUGCUCUGCACACUGGAGACGGGAGGAUUGUUUGGUCUAUGCUGCUAAACUCUCCUAACAAAUUCUGUGAACGCCCAAGCGGUAUCAGCUUGUACCAAUGGCAGGUCCCUCAUCAUCACGCCAUGGACGAGAAUCCUUCUGUUCUCGUAGUUGGCAGGUGCGGAUCAGAUUCAAGUGCGCCCGGUGUACUUUCGUUUGUAGAUGUGUACACGGGAAAGGAGAUUAGCUCAUCAGAUAUUGGUCACUCUGUUGUGCAAGUCAUGCCUCUUCCAUAUACCGACUCAACGGAACAACGUUUACAUCUAAUAGCUGAUACCAAUGGCCACGUCCACUUGUACCCGAAAACUUCAGAGGCUCUCACCAUCUUUCAGCGCGAGUUUCAAAAUGUAUAUUGGUACACUGUUGAGGCUGAUGAUGGUAUUAUUAGAGGACACGCAAUGAAGAGCAGUUGUUCUGGUGAGACUGCAGAUGAGUACUGUUUUACUACCAGGGAACUUUGGACUGUUGUGUUUCCCUCCGAAUCUGAGAAAAUUAUUUCAACACUAACACGAAAACCAAAUGAGGUUGUUCAUACACAAGCCAAAGUCAACACAGACCAAGACCUUUUGUAUAAAUACGUAUCAAGGAACUUGCUGUUUGUGGCCACCGUGUCACCAAAAGGCGCUGGUGAGAUUGGUUCAGUUACACCAGAGGAGUCAGCACUUGUAGUAUACCUCAUUGACACCAUCACUGGACGUAUACUGCACCGUUUGUCACAUCAAGGUUGUCAAGGGCCGGUUCAUGCGGUAUUUAGUGAGAAUUGGGUUGUUUACCACUAUUUCAACCUUCGAGCUCACAAGUACGAGGUUACAGUCGUCGAGAUCUAUGAUCAGUCUCGGGCGGAGAACAAAAAUGUCUGGAAACUCGUUCUUGGAAAGCACAAUCUAACAGCGCCGAUCUCUUCAUACUCUAGAACCGAGGUGUUGACAAAGUCACAGUCAUACUUCUUUGCCCAGUCCGUGAAAUCUAUCGCGGUGACAUCAACAGCAAAGGGUAUAACUUCAAAGCAGCUUCUCAUUGGUACCAUCGGGGAUCAGAUAUUGGCACUGGACAAACGAUUUGUGGAUCCACGACGGACACUUAACCCCUCGCAAGCUGAGAAAGAAGAAGGAAUCAUCCCUCUCACGGAUUCAUUACCCAUAAUUCCUCAGGCAUACGUAACACACUCCCUGAAAGUAGAAGGGCUAAGAGGGAUAAUAACAGCUCCGGCCAAGCUAGAGUCAACAACACACGUAUUUGCAUAUGGAGUGGAUCUCUUCUACACAAGGCUUGCUCCUUCAAAGACCUAUGACUCGCUGACCGAUGAUUUCAGCUACGCGCUUCUCUUGAUCACGAUCGUUGCACUCGUUGCAGCCAUCUACAUCACUUGGGUCCUUUCAGAGAAGAAGGAACUAAGCGAAAAAUGGAGGUGA